UGCUGUACAUAUGAGCAUAAGGGUGAGAAGAAAAAUAUGGCCGUUACACAGUUUGAACCGGUUGAUGCCAGGCGGUGCUUUCCAUGCUGGGAUGAACCUGCUUGGAAGGCUACAUUCAAGAUUAGAUUGGAUGAUGUUCCAUCUGAAUUAGUAGCUCUCUCCAACAUGCCGGUUGUAGAAGAAAAAGUGCAUGGACAUCUGAAGACAGUUUCAUUUCAAGCAUCACCAAUCAGGUCUACAUAUUUGGUGGCCGUUGUUGUUGGGUUGUUUGAUUAUGUUGAAGAUACAUCUGAUGGUCUAUUCUCAAGUUGGUAAGGCGAACCCAGGGAAGUUUGCUUUGAACGUUGCUGUCAAGACUUGAAUUUUACAGAGAUUACUUUGCUGUGCCAUACUCUUUGCCCAAAUUGGAUAUGGUUGCAAUCCCUGAUUUUCCUGGCGCCAUGGAGAAUUAUGGUUUAGAUACAUACCAAGAAACAGCUUUGCUCUUUGAUGAACAGAAUUCUGCAGCUGCAAACAAGCAAUGGGUUGCAACUGCCAUGGCACGUGAAUUGGCACACCAGUGGUUUGGCAAUCUUGAAACGAUGGAAUGGUGGACACAUUUAUGGCUGAACGAGGGAUUUGCAACAUGGGUGAGCUAUUUAGCUACUGAUAGCAUGUUCCCAGAGUGGAAAAUGUGGACUAAGUUUCUUGAUGAAAUUACUGGGGGUCUUAAGCUCGAUGGGCUUGAAGGAUCUCACCCCAUUGAGGUGGAGAUCAAUCAUGCUACUGAGGUUGAUGAGGGAGGUUCUGUUAUCCGGAUGCUACAGAACUAUAUUGAUGCUGAAUGCUUCCAGGCUUCUGGGCAUGCAGGAUUUUUAGAGGAUAGAGAUCUUGAGGAGGUUGUUGGAUUGUGAUGUGAAAUACUGAGCUAGCUCAAUAUCUAGUUCCUUGGCACAAUCAUGCGGAGCUUAAUUAAAGUCUUUUUUUGUUGUCAGAAGAGCUUAAUCAUAGUCUUUUAGCAUAAAUUUGAUGCUGGGCUGAUCUUGUCCCUUAAAUCUAUCCACAAUGGCUGUGGUCUUAUUUGUGUAUGCCAUAAGUUAUGCAGUUAAUGAAAUAGGAUAAUACUCUUCAAAUUUGUACGAAUAAACCGUAUAGCCGCGCGGCUAUACCCGGUUAAUU